GGUCCAAGAUGAGGGGCUUUGUGGUGCUCCUUGCAGUCUUUGCUCUCUCCCAGGCCAGUGGAAUUGUCAGGAUUCCUCUGCACAAAGGGAAGUCACUGAGGAGGGCCUUGAAGGAGCGUGGGCUCCUGGAAGACUUCCUGAAGAAUCACCAGCAUGCAGUCAGCCGGAAGCACUCCAAUUCUAGGGAGGUGGCCAGCGAGUUUCUGACCAACUACCUAGAUUGUCAGUACUUUGGGAAGAUCUACAUCGGGACCCCUCCCCAGGAGUUCACCGUGGUGUUUGACACGGGCUCCUCGGACCUCUGGGUGCCCUCUGUCUACUGCAACAGUGUUGCCUGCCAAAACCACCACCGCUUCGACCCGUCCAAAUCCUCCACCUUCCAGAAUAUGGACAAGUCCCUGUCCAUCCAGUACGGCACGGGCAGCAUGCAGGGCUUGCUGGGCUACGAUACUGUCACCGUCUCCAGCAUUGUGGACCCCCACCAGACUGUGGGCCUGAGCACCCAGGAGCCUGGCGACGUCUUCACGUACUCCGAGUUUGAUGGGAUCCUGGGGCUGGCCUAUCCCUCUCUUGCCUCUGAGUACUCCGUGCCUGUGUUUGACAACAUGAUGGACAGGCACCUGGUGGCCCAAGACCUGUUCUCAGUCUACAUGAGCAGGAAUGAGCAGGGGAGCAUGCUCACGCUGGGGGCCAUUGACCCAUCCUACUACACAGGCUCCCUGCACUGGAUACCCGUGACCGUGCAAGAAUAUUGGCAGUUCACUGUGGACAGUGUCACCGUCGACGGCGUGGUGGUGGCCUGUGACGGCGGCUGUCAGGCUAUCCUGGACACCGGCACCUCCAUGCUUGUGGGGCCGGGCAGCGACAUCUUCAACAUCCAGCAGGCCAUUGGAGCCACCGAGGGCCAGUACGGUGAGUUUGACAUCGACUGCGGGACACUGAGCAGCAUGCCCACGGUUGUCUUUGAGAUCAAUGGCAAGAAGUACCCACUGCCACCCUCUGCCUACACCAACCAGGACCAGGGCUUCUGCACCAGUGGUUUCCAGGGUGACGACAGUUCGCAGCAGUGGAUCCUGGGGGAUGUCUUCAUCCGGGAGUAUUACAGCGUCUUCGACAGGGCCAGUAACCUCGUGGGGCUGGCCAAGGCAAUCUGAGUGCGUCACCAGCUACCGGCCUCCAUGUGACCAAACACACACACGCAGAGGGGAUUUGCAGACAGAUGGUUCCCAGUAAACACUGCACUUCUGCAAA